CGUGUGGGUGGUGUGCGCGUGAAAGACGACGACGACGGGAACCUUUCGUUUUUCGCGUUUUGUUUUUGUAUAUAUAUGUAUAUAUAUAUUUCGUACAAAAUACGUCUAUAAUUGUGUACAUAGUGUUCUUAAUUUACAUUCAUUAAUUAAUUUUUAUAAAUUGCAACAAAGCUGACCCAAUGUCAUGUAACAGCCAAAAACCAAUAAUAAAAACACAACAACAACAAAAUCACUCAUUAUAAAACGUGCAAAAAACGUGCAUCAGUGUGUGAGUGUGAGUGUCGUGUAAGUGUGUGUGAGUGUGUGAACGUGUGUAUGUGUGUGUGUUUGUGUCCCGCCUGCUCUGGACGAAUUUACAUAGCUAAACAAUUAAAUUUAAGACCAUGCAUAAGGAAAAAGUAAUAAGUACACAAAAUGCAAAUAAAGCAAACAGCAAAGAGCAUAAAUUAAAUGGAACAACAACAAAAGAAAAUAGUGAUAAAACAGUUAGCCUGCUGAAUAAGAAUAAGGAGGAUAGCAGCGAAUAUGAUCUGGUGCCGCCUGAUGGCGGCUGGGGUUGGUUAGUCCUGUUUGGUGCCUGCCUGACGAACAUACUCAUCCCCGGCACCAUAAAGAGUUUCGGUGUGCUCUUCAUUGAGUUCCUGCAGGCGUUCGAGACGACACAGACGCAGGCCUCCUGGAUACCGGCAUUAUGUUACUUCCUCUACAGUUCACUGGGACCUAUUUCGAGUAUUCUGUCCGUUAAGUAUUCCUACCGUACGGUAACAUUGAUCGGCGCCCUCUCCGCCUCCUUGGGCAUGAUCCUAUCCUAUUGGGCCUCAUCCGUUGGCUAUUUGUACAUCAGCUAUGGCGUUCUGGUUGGCAUUGGAGCUGGCCUCUCCUUUCCGCCGACGGUGUACAUUGUCACGUCGUACUUUGUGAAGCUGCGUGGCCUGGCCAAUGGGCUGUGCAUCUCGGGCAGUGCCAUCGGCUCGAUUAUAUUGCCGCCGGUGUUGCGCUGGCUGCUGGAGAUGUAUGGCUAUCGUGGCUCGUGCCUGAUUAUGGGCGGCGUCACGUUGAAUGUGCUGGUGGGUGCGCUGUUCUAUGAGCCAGUGGAGCAGCAUAUGGUGCGUGUGCCGCGUGCACGUCAAGCUUUGGAGGAUAUACCCGAGGAGGAGGACAUUGGCAUUGUGAUGAAGUUUGAGAAUGUCGAUGAGACCGCCGAGCAGACGGCGGGUGGUAAACAGAUGCUUGCCUACAAUUCGCCACCAUCGCCGUUGUAUCUGCCGGACGACGAUGAUGACAAGCAGCAGUUUGUACGCAGCGCGUCCGCUGCUGUUGUCCAGAGCUAUGCGAAGCCGGGCGAUGAAUUUCAGCCGCGUGCUCGCAAGAUUAGCACACCGGUCCGAUUGCCACAACGCAAUCAGACCUUUACGCCGGGCCAGCUGAAUUCGCAGUCAUCGCUGUAUGCGGUGCCCGAGGGCCGGUCCAGUUCCAAUAAGCUGGCCAUGCGGAAUAGCUCGCGGAAUCGUCUGUCCAAGCGUUCGCCAUCAACCAGCAGUUUCCUGUAUAUCAGCACACCGUAUCACGGCAGCACGCUCUCCUUCCAGCCCAAAGAGUUCUCGUCGCAUUUAUCGUUGCGUUCCGCCGGCACAACUGCAGCCGGUGCCGGCGGCGGCAAUGAGUCCGGUGCCCUGGAUGGUGGCGCCACGGAUGAAACGAAGGGCGGCAAGGCACUGCCGCGAGAGCGUAGUAAAUUCUUUGAUCUGAGCCUGUUCAAGGAUCCCAUGUAUUUGGUCAUACUCAUCUCGAACUCCACGAAUGCCAUCAGCUAUACGAAUUUCAUCAUUUUGCUGCCCGCAUUUGGAUUAGCUCGAGACUUUGACAAAUCGCUGUCUGCGUAUCUGUUGUCCGUCGUCUCCACCACGGAUCUAAUUGGACGCAUUGGCGGCUCGGCACUCUCCGACAUGGGUUUCAUACCAAAGACAUGGUAUUUUGUCGGUGGUCUAUCUGUAUCGGGCAUAUCGCUGGCGCUGCUACCCUUCGCUUAUAGCUAUGGUGGCGUCUGCUUUUGGUGCGCCCUCUUCGGACUCGCUUCGGGCAUUUAUGUGGGCAUCACCGCUGUCAUUAUGGCCGAUAUGCUGGGCACUGAGCGUCUCACCUCAUCCUAUGGCAUCAGUCUGUUUAUCAACGGCAUAUUGCAGCUGGUGGGUCCACCGCUGUGCAAUUAUUGGACGGAGGCGGUCAACGAUUAUAAUCCGCUGUUUCAUGCGCUCGGCUUGACACUGCUCGCCGGCUCCAGUCUGUGGGCAUUUAUGCCCUGGAUUAUCCGACGCAAAGCCAAAGAGGAGGAGAAAUUGGAAGCCCAACUCGACGAGGAAGCCGUCGAUGGCUAUUAAAGUCAAAUCAUAACAAAUUAAAAUCAAGCCGGCUUUCGAAUGCUUCACAACACACCACGUACAAUUACAAUUAGUUGUUAGGCUUUAAAUGCGUACAAACAGAGACGGUGGACGAGUAGUAGAUAUAUAUACAUAUAUAUAUAUUUAUAUAUAGAAGAUUGAGAUAUGAAUUGAAUGUCGGGGGAUUAUGGGGGGAUAAAUCAGUUUGGCGAGAUGGAGACAGUUGACGCGUUGUAGAAAAGUGGACAUAAAAUGGCAUUGGAAAAUUUUUUUGGAAAUUGUUAAUUUGUUUCUUCCAUUAGCUAUUUUUCUUUUGUGUCUAACUGUUAAGUCUUAAUUAUUACAUUGUAUACUUAUUACAAUUAUUGUUUACUUAAAAUCAAUUUAUAGCUUAAGCCCAAUAACAAAAAUGAAAAAUGUGUGUAGCAGUGAAAAAACAAAAAACAUAAGAAAUGAAAAUAUUUUUUCUAUAAAUAUGCUGAAGAAAAAAAAAAUCUAAACAAAAAAAGCAGUAAAAACUGAAAUUGAAAAA